AAUGGAAGGCAAUAAACGCGACAGUGUUCGUGUUACUGUUCAAUAUUUGAACGUAGAAGGCGGUGAGAAAGAGAAAAGAAAGAUUGGAAAACACUCCACAACUAUUAUGGAAGAUGAUGACAGUGAUUCAAAAGAAUAUUUUGCAGUUAUGAAAUCUAAAUCUUAUAAGAAGAAUCCCUGGCAAAAGAAGAGAGGAUAUGGAAUAAAACUUUUAGUUAUUUUUAUAUUGAUAUCUAUAGUUGUUGGAGUUGCCCUUAUCUAUUAUCUGUAUAAUGAAAAGAGGGAAAAUCUUGAACUGAACAUUAGAAUUAAAUUUAUUGAAAAUGAACGUUUAUUAAAAGUUGAAGAUUUAGAACAUAAACUUUUACUUUUUGCUCGAUUUGGCUCAGAUAUCACCACUGAUCUUCCAUUUGAUUGCACAACAAAUAAUCGCUUAAAAAAUCUUUGCUUAAUAUGGAGAAAAAUUGCCAAUUUAACAAUAAGUCACGUGAUUAAAAAAAAUAUAGGUUGCUAUGAUAUAUCAUGGACGGCUUUCGAGAAUGCUUUGAAGUUUGAAGAUAUCUUCGAAAUAACGCAGGAGAGCGAUGCAUGGUACGGCGGGAGUUUAUCAAAGGAUCAACAAUGGCCUAUAAAUAAGAAACAUAGGAGCAAACGUUUAUUUACCACGGGCCGUUAUUCAGAAGCAUUAGAACGCUACUGGAUUACGGCCAGGGGGGUAUCUUUAAUCUAUACUUCGCCUUAUCCAGUUGAAUAUGAAGUAGACGAAUUAAGUAUUAAAUUACGUACAAAUGUUCCUGCCAACUCGAGCAUCUCUUAUAGAAUUUGUACAGGAAAGGAUAUAAAACAAAUUCACUUGCAUACAAUUGAUACUGAAUGGGCAAAAAAUGGUUUAAAACAUAGAAAAUUAGCGAAUAGUAAGCUCUUUAAUUCAAUUUUAUGGUCAAUGGAGAAAUUUUGCAGAGAAGAAUGUAAUAGCAAAAAAUUGAUUAAAUUUUCCAGAUUAAUAUCAAAAUUCUAUAGUAAAUAUAGAAAUAUCAUAAAUCUUGAUAAUAAAUGGGAAAAAUACAUAGGAGAUUUUACUUUUGAUAAGGAAAAAUAUAAAAAUGUAACCAACAUUUUCUCCAUAGUUAAAUCUAAAGGUAUUCAAACAAAUUUGGAAUUAUCAACUUAUGUUCACAUUCGAUCUGAUAACUUUGCCAAAUUGCCUCAUUUAUUUGUUAGGGAUGCUGGAGGUAACGUACCAGGCCUCUGCGUUGAUAAUAAUACUUACUCGGGUGUAUUUGAUAUGCAUAAGGCGUCUACAAUGUGGAUAAGCAAUACUAUUGAUCGCUUGUUAAAGGCUAAUCCCAUCGAUUAUAUAUCACUUCGAGGAGGCUUUGUUGAAGGAUUGCCAUUUGAAGCUAAAUUUUACGAUGAUUUCGUAGAACCUACUACUUAUUCUAAGUCGUUUUCGAAAUUUGGUUCAGAUAUGACCAAGAUUAUCUACGUGACAACAAUUUAUCAAAAUAAUGUCUUUCCAAAGGCCAUCUGGUUAAAAUUAUCCGAUAGAAACUCAACUUAUAUUAUAGCAACCGCCCUACAACUAGGAAUUCUCGGUUAUCCUUUCUUUAUUACAGGAGCCUUUCAUAAAUAUCAUGUAGAAACCGAAGUAUUUAUUAGGCAAAUACAAUUAGUUACUUGGAUGCCAGUUAUGCAUCUUGGAACUAUACCUGAUGCAGUCAAGGACGAUCGUGUUCAUGAAGCCUUCAAGAACUGCUUACAUUAUAGACAAACGCUAGUCUUACCUAUGUUAAGAAAACUUUCUACCAAUGCAACAAGAAGACUUAUACCUCUUGUUAGACCUUUAUGGUGGAUUGCUCCCAAUGACUUAACGGCGUUAAAAACCUAUGAUCAAUUCUUAUUGGGUGAUAAAUUUCUUAUCGCCCCUAUUUUGAAUAGUUUUCAAAGGUCAAGGGAUAUUUAUUUACCUGAGGGCCAAUGGAAAUGUUUGAUUAACAGAAAACUAUACAAUGUUACAACGGAAGGUCUACAUUUGAAGAAUUUAGCCAUAAGCUUAAGCGAAAUUGCGGUGUUUGAGAGGCUUGCUCGUUGA